AUGGCGUAUUACGAUUCGGAGAUUCCACGUCCAGCCCCCUACGGAACGUCUCGGCCUCCCCGUCAAGCAGGCAGGUCCUGCGAUGAGCCCGAAGAACGAAGAGGCCGAAAAGCACACAACUACGCGGCCUACGACACCGAGUUUGACGAGCCCGACGAGCCCGACGAGCCCUACAGACGCGCCGACGGACGCCCUCACUCCCGCUCCCGGCGAUACUUUCGCGCUCGCUCCCGCUCACAGAGACGCGCACACUCCCCCGCCCCCGAAGGUUCUCUCCCGCACGACCCUGUGCGCGACACUUCCGCAGUAGCAUACACCUACGAAGAGGACGAGCCAGCCAGCAUCCCCAUCGCGCCGGCGCCUUGGAACGGGCACCGCUCGUCCAUCACGAAAGAAGCGCUCAUCGCCUUCCUCGUCGAUCAGGGCUGUCACCCGAAGCGAGCCGCGGCACAGGUCGACCGCGAGUUCUCCGCCCAUGCCGUGCAGUGGGUUGCGGGACGCGCCGACCCGUUCUUGUCGAGGAGCGAGCACGGGGUGCGCGAUCCGCCGAGGAGUAGGAGGUUCGAGGCCAGUCAGAGGGAGAGGGAGAGGGAGAGGGAUGCAAGUCCCGCCUACCAGCCACGGCGAAUGCCGAGAGCGCCUUCUCCGCCGCCGGCAUCUGCUUACACGCGACGCGAACAUGAGAGCCAGGGCCAGAGCCAGGGCCAGGGCCAGAGUAGCAAUAGCAGCCGCUCGCGGAGACAGCGAGACUGCUCUCGUCCUCCUCGUCCUCCUCCUCCUCCUCCUCCUCCUGUGUCUUCUUACCACGAUGCAUCUCCGCCCCCGCGACCGAGAUACGAUUACUACGAGUCGUCUUUUUCUUCGUCGUCUGCUUCUUCCCGUCCUCGGGAGCCUGGUGCUCCAAGAUAUCAGGGCGCGUCUUGGUACGAGCCUCCACGGGAGAGUGUGCCGAGGGAGAGGGGAGGGCAGGGUUGGGAUAGAUAUCGGUACGAGGAUAUGAGUAGGGAAAUGGACGAGAUGAAACGGAGGAUGGGCGAGGAGAAGGAGAGACGCAGGUACUAA